GUGAAUUGCAUUUAAAGUAUUGCAUAAUUAAACUGAUACUUAUGUGUAUCAUCGUGAAAUUGCAUACAAAUUACGUAAUAUCUCUUGUCUUGGAAACCUAUAAAACUUGACUACUACGAUAUGUAAAACUUAAUUUCAAUUGUUUAUUUAGGGUUUAGGGUAUUCGGAGAAUGCUCGUGACACGCGUACUCCUGCUAUAUUCCGUGUGCUCGACCCGGACUAAAGCUGAGCCGAAAGGAACACGUUUGGACUUGGAAAGUUAUUUCGACGCGCUAGACGAGCUAGACGCUGAAGAGCGCAUUGUGGGCGGCUCUAAUGUACCGAGCGAUGAAUACGUACCCUAUCAAGUUUCGAUGCAGUACUUCACACGCAAUCAAUAUCGUCACUUUUGCGGUGGGUCAAUUGUAUCGCCUACACGCGUCUUAACAGCAGCUCAUUGCGUCUACGAACAGAAUCCGGAACGUUUAACGGUUGUGGCCGGCAUACGCGAUCUAAGAGAUGAAACCGGGCAACGUUCGGAGGUGAAAGACUAUGUUAUACAUGAGAAUUAUGAACAAUUUGUUAGUAGCGACAUUGCAAUGGUGUUCAUUGAACCGCCUCUCAACCUAGAUGGUCAGCGCAGUGAAAGACUGUUUUUUAACGAUUCAUCAAUAGUCGGUGGCAAUCAAGAGGUGUCACUCACAGGUUGGGGUUCAGUGCAUCAUUUCGGUUCCUUUCCAUUGGCUCGUUUUCCUACGGUUUUGCAAAAACUCCCUUAUACGACCAUAACAAAUGACGAAUGCAAGCAACGUAUGCGGGGCGUGUCGGACACAGAAGUUUGCGCUCUCGAAAGAUUUGGAAAGGGUGCUUGCAACGGUGACUCCGGUGGUCCAUUGGUUAUGCAAGACGGCGGAAAAAUUAAACAAGUUGGCAUUGUUUCUUACGGCACAGCUUUGUGCGCCUCCAGUAAUCCCGACGUUUAUACGCGUGUUUCCAUGUUUCAUGAUUGGAUCGCACAGCAUUCAGCUUAA